AUGACAAUGAGAUCGCACGUUCUUGUCAGAAUCUCGCUCCUUCUCCUCCUCCAUCUCACUUGCAUCAGACCUUUCGCCCUCAGACACUGUACGCUCUUCCCCAAACAGCACACUGCUCUCCUUCGACACCCAGCCCUUGCUCGAGCAAGAACAAGCAAGAAGGCGUUGAGCCCCCGAUGCUCUGAACCCGCGGGAGUGCAGGACAGUCACCUCAAGUGGAUGGAAGGAUCAGCACCGCCAUCUCAGAACUUACAAGGCGCGUCCUUGCAUGAUGUUCAUGCGCACCUGGACGAAAUCCUCAACUCCCUGUGGGACGACAAGAUAGAAGUGGAGGGGUUCAGACAGCCGAUCCCUCGGACAGGCAACACGUCGCACAUCAAACAUGUCGUCGGUGGAUUCUCCGUCGUCAUCCGAAUCCCAGAGAGUGGGAUCGCGUAUCGCAUGCAGCCGAUGCGGUCGAUGAAGCACGGAAUUACCUGGGUCGCCUUCUACAAGAUGCUGGAGGAGGUGGCAAACGAUAAAGUCUCGAUCCCCACGGCCCUGAGGAACGACGCGAUCUUCAAGCCAGACCGAACUACCAUCUUCGAAGCUGGGAUCGGCAAGAAAGCCUGGGAGGACCUCGAGUUCGUUCAGGAGUUCCAGGACGAGAGACUCAGGCAUGCGACGAAGCGGCUGGUGCAGCAUCGGAGAAACGUCAUGAAGGAAGGAUCGUUGAACUACCGCAGUGGGAAAUGUCGAUCAGCAUCAGAGUGCGAGAUCGAGUCGGAUGAGGACGGGGGGAUGUUUACAGGAGUUUCCAUCGUGAAUGGGAUCAUGUUUCCUUCCCAUUGGUUCUGGGUGAAGGUGGGGAGACCGAGCGAAGUGAAUGUAGACGACGGCAAGUCGGAAGGAUAUCGGGGGCACGAGGAGGCUCAUUCGCACCUGUCGGUUGUGAGGCAAGAUGACAUCAAGAGGAUAAAGGGAUCUGAGCUGGCCUCUGCCUUGCUGCUGAGAAAAACUCAAUCGAAAGAAAAGCAGGAAAACUCGGUCCCGAUGGCUGUGGACUUGAAGCCUGUCUUCACCCUGGUCUCCGUCUUCCCUCAUGCUCAGGGUGAUGUGGGAGGGCUGUGCAAGAAACUCUGGGCAAAGGGAGCGCAAGACAACGUGACUACGUUGGUCUUGCAGAGUGUCCUGCGAGGUCUGAGGCGACUGCAUGCCAUUGGCGUUCCGCAUGGAGACCUCAAGGCAGCCAAUGUGCUCUAUGCUAGUGGACGAUUUUGCCUCACCGACCUGCCGGCGUUGAACUGGAGUGCAACUCCGGUCUUGACAAAAGACCCUGUUGCACAAACUAUGAUUCGGGGAAAGCGUCUCCUUUGCAAUGACAUGUGGGGAUUAGGUUUCAUAGGCCUGUCAUUGGUGUGCGGAUGCGAAAGGAUGGAGACAGUCAAGUCAAACCUGCGACAGAUUGAUCCCUUGGACUACAGUUCGACCAGCAGCGUGUCAAGGAAGCUCGACGGGGUCACCCAGAACUGGCUGGUCACGAUCCUCCUCCUCCUCUCCUCCCUCAAGGGGCGAGGUCUUGCCCUCUCUCCCAUCUGCCUCAACGUUUCGGAGGCAGCGAAGAAAGCUCUCACGUCCUCUUGGAUCCGGCGCAACGUGCCAGCAGUUCAGAAUCCCUCCUAUCGAGAGGAAUGUGCUUUCAAUGCAGACCUGUUGGCUGAGAAAGUCUUCACAUCAGAUCGCUCGACGUCGCUCCUCGAGUCUCUCUGCUACUGUCUCGAUGUCACUGACGUCGCUCGCAACGCUCUCGCCAUGCCGUGGCCGGUGGAGGAUGCUUGA